UUAGGCUUUCAGGUCAGAGGCAACAGGGCAGGCUGCACUUAUCCCCCAGCUUGCUGGUACCUCCCUGUGUCAAGCAGGGGCAUUACCUUGGGAUCCAACUACCUUCUACAGGAACCAGGUAUGCCGGAUGCAACUGUUCAGGACGCUGCCAAGCUUACAGAUGAAAGAAGACAACCAUGAAUAAAGGACCAAGCAAUUUAGAUAAUACUUCUGAUGCACAUAAUUACCCAGCUGCUUUUGGAAACUGCACAGAUGAAAAAUUCUUACUCAGGAAACACUACCUCCCUAUUAUUUAUGGUAUCAUCUUUCUAGUGGGCUUCCCUGGGAAUGCUAUAGCCAUUUCCACUUAUAUUUUCAAGAUGAGGCCCUGGAAAAGCUGUACCAUUAUUAUGCUGAACUUGGCCUGCACAGACUUGCUGUAUUUGACCAGUCUUCCUUUCUUGAUCCACUACUAUGCCAAUGAUGAGGACUGGAUCUUCGGUGACUUCAUGUGCAAGUUCAUCCGCUUUGGCUUCCAUUUCAACCUAUAUGGCAGCAUCCUCUUCCUCACUUGUUUCAGUGUCUUCCGCUACUUUGUCAUCAUCCACCCUAUGACCUGCUUUUCCAUUCAUAAAACCAGAUGGGCAGUGGUUGCCUGUACUGUAGUGUGGAUUGUUGCCUUGGUGGUGGUCAUUCCCACGAGCUUCUUGAUUACAUCGACUCAGAAGACAAAUAGAUCUGCUUGCCUUGAUCUCACUAGCUCUGACAAUCUCACCGCCAUCAAAUGGUAUAAUGUGAUUCUAACAGUUGUCACCUUCUGCUUACCCUUAGUGGUUGUGACUAUUUGCUAUAUGAUGAUAAUCUACAACCUCACUCAAGGACCUCAUACCCAGAGCUCUCAUAAGCAGAAAGCACGAAGACUGGCCAUAAUCCUCCUUGUGGUUUUCUACACAUGUUUCUUGCCCUUUCAUAUCUUGAGGCUCAUCCGGAUUGAAUCCCGUAUCCUUAUAAUUAAUUGCCACUUGGAGAAUCAGAUUCAUGCUGCUUACAUUGUUUCUAGGCCAUUGGCAGCCUUAAACACCUUUGGCAACCUGUUGCUUUAUACUGUGAUUGGGGACAACUUUAAGCAAGCUCUUUGCUCUCUUGUAAGAUGCAAACCAAAUUGUGACCCAUAG